CGCAUAACCUAUCAACCUCUCCACAAUCAACUACAAUAUUUUAUUCUUAUCUUAAUAGUAAUUACUUAAUAUAAUUUUAAGAAACUGUCUAAACUUUAAUAAAUAGGCCCAUUUUAUUUGUUUGAAUUUAACAGGAUACUUGCAGGGGAAGAGAAUGGCUGGUCCUCCGCACGGGUUCCCAACAAGUUUCACCAACGCACAGCAAGCUGCUAUGAGAAAUCAGUUUGUAGCUGGUCCCGGUGGACAGAUCCCUGGGCUGAUGGCACCCAACCAACAACCAGUUGUUUCAGGCAUGGUCAACCCUCAGGCAUACGGAGUUGGUAUGCAAGGAGGUGUUGGUGUUGGGAUGCAACCCCAGAAUCCUCAGCAAGUUGCUCAACAGUUGCUGCAGCAACAACAAAUGCAGAUGCAGCAACAGCAACAACAACAACAGCAGCAACAACAACAAGCACCUCAACAGCAGGCACAGCAGGUAGGAGGAGUGGUAGGUAACGCCCCUGGAGUAGUCCCUGGUUCCGUACCUCCGGGUGGAAUUGCUCAACCUCCUGGAGCGGCUCCAACUCCUCAACCUCCUCAGCCUCCCAAGGAGUUCAACACUGUGUCUCUCUGCAAGUUUGGCCAAGAAAAUGUUCAAGAGAUCAUCCUCAGGACAAACGAGAUCUUCGGAGCUCUUAAGACAAUCCAUCCACCCAAUGGCACGGCGCAAGGAGUUCAGGCGAGUAACGACAAAAAGGCAAAGGUCGCUGAUCAGCUGAGGAACAUUCGGAUGUUGUUCAAGCGGCUCCGGAUCAUCUAUGAGAAGUGCAACGACAGCUGCCAGCUGCAAGGAAUGGAAUACAUGCACAUUGAGAGUUUGAUUCCAUUGAAAGAGGAAUGGGACAUGAAGUCAGAUGAGCGCAAAAUGUCUGAACAGUAUCGGGUCAGUUGUGAUGACAGCAAAGAAAUAAUGGAGCAAGUAGUGCAGAAGAAUAGGCAUCUGAAGGAAAUAAUAGAUCACCUCAGGAGGAUCAUAUUUGAAAUAAAUACAAUGUUGACAAUGAGGAGGUCAUGAACCAGUCAGCACUGCUGUGAUGUUCUUUCAUUCCUCGACUGGAACUUUCAGUGAUGUAAACAUCCUCUGAGAUCCAAGUCCAUUGUCCAGUGAAGCUGUGUUUUCUCCUAUGUGAUUUGUACAUUUUGUAUAGUUCUUGUAAUAUUUGUGUAAUAAAAUGUAUU